AUGCAAUGGGUAGCAUACCUAUGGUCGAUUUUUUGUCUAAUCAUAUUUGCCCAAGGUCUCUAUCAAAUCCAUAAACCAACAUUAUUAACCUUUUCACAAAUCACAGUGUUUUUCACUUUGGACACUCUUUUCACUUGUUUCUUUACGUUGUGGUUCACAGCUCAAUGGUUCCAAGGAUCUGAAGGGGAAUCUGCCGUUCAAACUAGUACCGGGGUGCAAAAACGUGAUACAAGUUUGGCUAGUCAAGGCGCUACAGCAGGUUAUGAAUAUUUCGUUACUAUGUUGAUUACGUUUAUUACUUUGACGUUUAGGUUCUAUUUCAAUUGUAUAUUAGCAUCGUUUGUGCAAGAAUUGUUGAGUAAUCCUAAGUUUAUGAUUGAUCAAGAUGAUGUGGAACAAGACUUGAAGAAUAAGUCGAUGGUGAAAAGAUGGUGGAUUAAGAAUGAAAAAUUUUGCUAUAGAUUAUGUAAGAGUGUAUUGAGUUGA